UGGGCGUGUAGCUUUUCUGCUCCGUGGGAGCCCUUACCUGUUACCACAGCCACAAGCGCGGGGACAGGCACCAGAAGCCCGGCAGCGGUAGUACGCAACCGAAGCUUUUCCUUUCCAUUAAUGAAUCCUGAGCCAUCUCCUCGAAGCGCAAAACUGUACCAACCCAAGCUGCUGUCCCACAAAACAAUUCUGGAUUGAUGUUAACUAAUGCUCAUUAAUACGAAUCCUUAUCCAAAGCAUAAGAUAUUUCCGGUUCCAGCUAUCCACGAGGGAGGACAGAAAUUAUCUGCUAGAACAACAUGGAGUGUUUCAUGCUUGCCGGCUUGUGUUGAUGUGCGUGGUCUUGCAGGAAUCAGUAUUAAAUAUACAAAGACAUCAUCUCAAAUUAUGGAAAAAAUGGGAAGCAAUGUCAUCAUCAAAGAACACUCACAAGACGAGCCCUUUUCAUCUUCAUAUGAAACUGCCAUGGAAGCACUUUCCUCUCUCAUCACUUGUCAAAAACGUGGGGAUAAACCAGCUACAGAUAACAAAUAUGAAAAGCUGGACAGGAUGUUGAUUUAUCUUAAGAUAUUAGACUUGGAGGAACACAUAUCUGGGCUCAAAAUUAUCCAUGUUGCUGGAACUAAAGGAAAGGGUUCAACAUGCACGUUCUGCGAGGCUAUAUUACGGGAAUGUGGUUUUCGAACUGGACUUUUCACGUCCCCUCAUCUAAUUGAUGUGAGAGAGAGAUUCCGUAUAAAUGGGUUGGACAUUUCGGAAGAUAUGUUUCUGCAUUAUUUUUGGGAUUGUUGGAACCUACUAAAGGAAAAGGUGACUGAUGACUUGCCAAUGCCUCCACUAUUCCAGUUCCUCACUGUGUUGGCAUUCAAAAUAUUUAUUUCUGAAAAGGUUGAUGUUGCUAUUAUUGAAGUUGGUCUUGGUGGGAAAACAGAUUCAACAAAUGUGAUCAAAGAGCCUGUCGUCUGUGGCAUUGCUUCUCUGGGGAUGGAUCAUACAGAAACUUUGGGAGAUACACUUGAACAAAUAGCUAUGCACAAAGCUGGAAUUUUUAAGCCUCAAAUUCCUGCACUUACGGUACCCCAACUUUCAGAAGCGAUGGAUGUUCUUAAGGCAAGAGCCCAUGAACUGAUGGUUCCUUUGAAAGUAGUGGCACCACUGGACUGUAAGAAGUUGAAUGGGCUAAAGCUUAGUUUAUCUGGUGAUCACCAGUUGAUUAAUGCUGGUCUAGCUGUUUCCCUUUGUAAAAGUUGGCUUCAGAUCACAGGAAACUGGGAGAAGCUUUUUCAAAAUGAUAACCGGACAGCUGAUCUGCCAGGGGCCUUUCUAAGAGGCCUUUCAAGUGCUCGUCUGGCUGGGAGGGGUCAGGUUGUUUGCGAUACCUCUCUGAAGACCUACUAUUCAUCAGAAGUUACUGAAAAACCUUCUGGAGAUCUGAUCUUUUACUUGGAUGGAGCUCAUAGUCCUGAGAGCAUGGAGGUUUGUGCCAGAUGGUUUUCUAAUGCGGUGAGAGUAAACACCGAUUCUUCACCUUAUUUUAAUGUACGAAUUAUGGAAGAAUUCUGGGGGAAUGGUCAUGUUAGACAUGGAGAGGAGAGCACUGACAAGUCCAAAAUAAUAUCAAAGCAGAUACUCUUAUUCAAUUGCAUGGAGGUGAGAGAUCCCCAAAUUCUGCUCCCAAGACUUGUGAAUACAUGUGCUUCCUCAGGUACUCAUUUCUCAAAAGCGCUUUUUGUCCCAAGUAUGUCAACAUAUAAAAAAGUCACUUCUGGUGCCUCAGUCAUUCCUCUGGAUAUUCGUAGCAGGGACUUAUCAUGGCAAUUUAACCUCCAGAGAAUAUGGGAGAGGAUAAUACAUGGGAAAGAUGUUGUAUCCGACAAGAAUUCCCAAAUGGAUAACCCAGGGACCCUGCCACCACCUGAAUUUAUUUAUCAAGAUGCUUCUCAUUGCUGCCCAAAAGAGAACGUUUUGAGUUGCAGUGCUGUAAUUCCUUCACUGCCACUGACAAUUAAAUGGUUGAGAGAUUGUGUUAAGGAGAAUCCUUCCUUAAAAGUUCAGGUUCUGGUGACUGGGUCAUUGCAUCUGGUCGGAGAUGUUUUAAAGCUAUUGAGGAAGAUAUAAAUAAAAAUGUGAUGCAGUCUUGUGCAGAGAUUACCCAAAGGCAUUCUUUCACUCAUUUCCUUCAUUGAUUUCCUGUUCACAUUAUUUGGAGCAGCCAAGGUUCCAUCAUUUCACUUCAAGGCUGGUUAUACUAAUAAUGCUGCUUCUUUCUUCUUCUUUUUUCGUGCAAAAUGGCGAUUCAUUGUGUAAUGUGAUCUUGUUAUAUAUCAUAUGACCCUUUUGGGCUGCAACUACCUCUCUUGAGUGUAGAUAUGGAUUUUUUUGAUCUCAUUUCCAAUAUUUUU